UUACUAUUGACAAAUGCUCAGUACGUUCGUGGUGUUCGCGGUUACGCAUAAUUUGUUUAAAGAGAUUUGUCAAUACUUUUUUUAUUUAUAAUAUUGAAAAGCUAAAGAACUUUUUAAAAGUGUCAAUGCAUUUAGUAUAUGUAAUUGCGGCAAACUGUAAAGAGAGGUGUACUGGCUGAACUUCUAUUAUUAUAUAUAGAACGAGUGUUCGAGUGUUUAAAAUAAAUUUAAGAAAUUUAUAAAUAAAAUGUUUAAAAGAACAUUUAAAGUAGUUUUCCGUCCAAUUAAAAACAAUUUUCUACUCCUGCCUCCAAGCUAUUACAACGUUGUCUCCACCUAUGACACUGGUUGCGUUACUUUACAGUACAAUGCACACACACAUUACGCCUCUUGGGCACCUCAUGCGGGUGUGAUCAAAGACACAGAAAUUGGGAUCAAUGCCAGGGUUGCGAAGGAAAUUGGUUUAAAUGAAAACGAUUUAGUAAAGUGUGCAUUGAUCGCUGACGUCAUGAAUUUACGAAAUGUUUACGUUACACCGGUCAGUGCGAAGGAUUGGGAAAUUAUUGAAUUGAGCAGUGAAAAAAUAUCGCUUAGCGUACUGGAGCAAACUCGUAUUGUCAAUUCAAGUCAAAUUCUAAUUAUUUGGAUAAAUAAAUCAAUGCAAGUUGCAUUGACAGUUGAUCGCUUGAGGCCUAGUUUGAAUUAUGGUCGUAUAGAUCAUAAUACAGAAUUAAUUAUUGCUCCAAAUAUCUACAAAGGCAUAAGUAAUGGUGCAGUUAAUGGAUCGUUAUCAAAUGGAGACGUGUCUGAUAGUACUAAUAAACUCCUUAAAAGUCGCACUGCAUCACAAAUAAGUGGAACUGAUAAUUCUAGUAUAGCACGUUCUACAACUGUUAGUAACGUUAAAAAGUUGACUCGUUCAGAAUCAUUAGCAAAAGUGAAUCGGCGUGAUAGAAUGGAACGUUUACUAAAGGAUUUGUGUCGAGAGAGUUCCACUACAUUUGAAUUUCGUGUCAUAGCAGGCGAAUGGCAAGAAAAUGCACAAAUUUCUGAUGUUUAUGUUAAUAAGUCAAAUUGGCCAAAAUUGUUGGAAAUGAAUAAUAUUUAUUUAUUGCGCACACCUGGUGAAAAAGAAUUUUAUGUUAAAGUUCGUGUUGUGGGGGAAUCGAAUAUAGCCAAAUCGACUCAUCCGAAUAUUGAGUUAAAUGUUAAUUUGAUGAAAUUGUUGAAUUUAAAAGAACUGGAAAAGGUUGUCCUAAAACCAAAAUCAAUGGUAUUAAAUUUUGUUGAAAAAAUUGAAUUAUUUGCCCAUAAAAAAACGCAUUAUAAAAUUGUUGAAAAUGCUUUUAAACGUUAUGUUAUAGCAAAAACAAAUACUGCGCCAAUGCUAAUAAAUCAGGAUGAAGUUGUACGUUUGGAAGAAGAUUUGUAUGUAACAAUUGGCAUAAUACCCGAGCAUUUUCGUUAUUGCGUCAUCGAUUCGCAAAUUUUAAAAGAAAGUAAAAUUUAUGCAGCCGAUUUGGUGCGUAAAGUGGACGAUGUUAUUGAUGUGACGCCUAAUAUCGAUUCGCCCAUAUCUAUAAAGGACCUCAUCAAGCUGCCACAAUUUGACAGUAUCCUGGAACAGUUAACUGGAGAAUUGAAAAUUAAUUUAUGCCUUAAUGAAGAGAAUGCAGUAUUGAGACAAGGAAAUAUACUGAUAGCGGGUGCCUCUGGUACUGGCAAAACUAUUUUAGUUGAAAGAAUUUUAGAUGAAUUAAUACGAAAACCAUAUUAUUGCUUUUUCGAUAUAUUUUAUUGUUCGCGUAGCAAAGGUCGAAAGCCUGAGUCUAUUCAAAAAGAUUUACGAUCGAUGUUCACCACUUGUUUGCAAAAUGCUCCUUCCAUUGUGGUAUUGGAAAAUCUGGAUGUACUUGCUCAUUCAACAGGCGAUCAAGCUACGCAGGAUGGAGAAUAUUUUAAUCGUAUUGCAGAUACAGUAAAUCAGUUAAUUGUACAAUAUACAAGCAAUAAUCCUGUAGCAGUUAUAGCAACUGUAAGUGAUUUGCAAUCAAUAAAUAAAAGAUUAUAUUCUCCGCGUGGAAGUCAUCUGUUUCAAAAUGUUACGAAGCUACCAAAUUUGGAAAAAGAGGGACGAGAACUUAUAAUUGAAGAGCUAUGUAGUCACAUAGAAUCGGAAAAAUUAGAUUUUAAUAAAUUUGCUAACCUAACUGAAGGCUACAAUAAGGGUGAUUUAGUACAACUAGUAGAACGUGCAAUAUUCUAUGCUUAUCGAAUAAGUAAAAAUAAUCCGAUUUUGACAAACGAACAUUUAACAAACUCCUUAAAGAAUACCAAUUCAUAUUGUCUACAAGGCAUUGAAAGUCAUCAAAAGCUUAACGACGAAGAGGAACAAGAUGAAAUGACUGUGGAAGAAAUCCCUGGUUUAGAAACUGUAGUUUCAGUUUUAGAAGAAGUAAUAAUGUGGCCAUCAAGGUAUCCUACUAUAUUUAAUGCAUCACCCUUACGCAAUCAAGCUGGUGUUCUUUUGUAUGGACCACCUGGAACAGGCAAAACAUUUUUUGUUUCAAAAAUGGCUCAGUCUUGGAAUUUACGUAUUAUUUCGGUAAAAGGGCCUGAAUUGCUAGCAAAGUAUAUUGGGCAGAGUGAAGAAAAUGUGAGAAAUUUAUUUAAUAGAGCACGCAGCGCCAAGCCGUGUCUACUGUUCUUUGAUGAAUUUGACAGUUUAGCACCAAAACGUGGACAUGAUUCCACAGGCGUUACUGAUCGUGUUGUAAAUCAAUUACUAACUGAACUUGAUGGUGUUGAAGGACUUCAAGGUGUAACAGUUGUUGCAGCUACAUCACGUCCAGAGCUAUUAGACCCUGCCUUGCUUCGUUCUGGUCGUAUUGAUCGUUUAGUAGAAUGUGGAUUACCUGAUGCGAUGGCGAGAGUACGCAUAUUCGAGUCAUUGUCGUCUACAUUAAAUUUAGAUUCUUCCGUUGACUUUGAAUAUUUUGGUUCUAAGACUCAGAAUUAUACUGGAGCUGAUAUACAAAGUAUAUUAACAUCUGCUAAUAUGAUUGCGGUUAAAGAAGCAAUUGCAAAAUAUGGACAUGAGAAACUACCUGCCAAAAUAUUUAUCACACAAAAACAUUUAAGUGAUUCAUUUCUUACAACGCGACCAUCAUUAAGUUCAUCCGAUAUAGCCAAAUAUCAAAAAACUUACGCACGGUUUACUAACAAAGAGAAGGGAUCCAGGGAUUUUGUCGCAAAGCGCGCUACAUUGGCGUAGUUUGAUAUAUUAUGGUUUAAUUUAAGGAACGAAUUUGUAAAUAUUAUUAUGGUAAAAAAGAAGUAAAGGUUAAUGGAAUCAAUAAAUAAAAUUUUAUUUCAAAUUUGUGAAAUUUUUGCUCACAAGUUUUUGGGUUGCCUUACAAUUUUUUUUAUAAAUGUUGUAAACAGAUUUUUAUAUAUAGUACAUAGUACAUAUUAAGGUAGCAAGCAAUUAAUGAAUUCUAAAUUGUUUUUUUGUUCACAUA